AACUUUGGUUCAGGCUCUGUGAUGUGACAGAGUGUGCAACUCUCUCCAGCCUCACUCAGCAUUUGCUCUGCAUCUUGGUCCAAGUCGUUGUUCAAUCGUGGAAGAGAUUAUUACAUUUUCUGUGACCUAGUUCCACUUUAAUUAGGAUAUGCAGUAGUCUGGUCUUAAUUAUAUCAUAGUCACCCAGGAGCUGUCAGAUGCAUGUGAUUACUUUUUUUUUCCAGUAAUUGCAUAUUGAAGUCCUCCCUCACUUUUGAGAGUUCACUCAUGGGAAAUAUCUUUCUUUUGUGUGGGUAUGAAGAGGCUACACUAGCAUAACCCCAGAGAGAAGUUGAAAGACAUCACCACAUGUUAUGCUUGUGCAGAAUGUGUUCUGAAAGUAGGAACCGAAAUUUGUACUCUAACCAAGCUGAGGUCUUGUCACAGAUGCGGAAUCUUUCCACUGUGUUCUUUCUAAAUAAAAUGAAAACAGAUCAACACAAAAACAGGUAACACAAGUUAUUCCUAAACAUUUGUCAAUUUUAAAGUUAUCCUUUCAUGGUCAGUGGUACUGAAUAAAAGAAAGUCCUUGUAGUCAGUAUUUCUAAUGCAAGUCAAAUACAUACUUACAACUACUACUGUGUAGUUGCCAAAAUCUGUAUCAUUUGAAUCAAUAUACUUUAUAUAUCUGUAUUUUUGUAAUUGAAGAAUACUAAACAUACUGGUCUCAUCAUAUCAUUAUGGUGCAUUAGAGCAGGUCCUGCUCUAUGGCUCUGUUAGUGUCCUCUCUCUUGAAGACCAGGCUGCACCUGUGCUGUGAAUUAUUGGCCAAAGUAUCAGUGAUAAAAAGGAAUGUAAAAUGGUAAUUUGAUAGUUGACAGGGUCUUUUCUGUCAAAUAUGUCAAUGUGUACUUUACAUCACAUAUAAUAUCCCUUAUUAUUUUGCCAUACAUUCACAUACAUACAUUUUUGUAUUUUUUUUUAGGUAAUUUGGGGUACUUUGUAUCAAAACUGAAUUUGCUAUAUUAACCUGUACCGACUAAUGAGCUGGUAGGUAAAUACAAAUAAUUAAAAAAAAAAAAAAAUUGGGCACAGGCUAUCCUGCGUAGUCCUGCAUUUGCUGAAUCUUUUCUCUCCCACAUGACUUCUAUAAAUAUCCAUUUGAGUGGACAUGAGUGUACUCUCUGUUUCUGCCCCCGUCCCCUUUGGUUCCACUCCCACCACUUUCAUUGGGCAGCUGGUUUAUUCAGGGUCUGGUGUGAUCUGGUGUAGGCUAAAGGUUUUAGCCCUAUAACCCAACACCAGGGAGUGGAGACUCUCACCCAUAGGUUAGCGAAUCAGCAUAGGGGAUCGUGUAGCUGAGGGUCAUCCAGGACGUUAUGAUAGUGGCAGAGAGGUAAGAGGAGAAGGCAUUACCUCUACUGCACGUGUACUGCCUGAAUCAUUUGCAGCUGGACUGUAGUGAGGCUGUCUCUCAGCCAGGGUCAUGUUCCAAAUCCAUUAUGCUCUCAACUUGGCUCACUGUUUUCUUGACCUAGCCGAGAGGUGACAACUCUAUUAGUGGACUUCAGAUAACUUGCCUUAAAGCACCUGCGCAGGUCUGGUGAAUAAUCUGGAGAGACCAGUGGUAACAGGUUUAUAGUGUUUGUGGGGUCUGAAGGAGAGGGGAUGGAUGUCAGCAUGGCACUCUGGGGCCAGGACGGUGUGCUGCUAGCCAACAGUGUGGAUCGCCUGAAGCAUCCCUGUGAGGAGCAGGAUCGAAGCUUUAGCCCUUCUGUCCUACGCUCCGUGACAAACACAUGGAAGGAUGGUCUGCUGAACAGGAAACGGCCGUUUGUCGGGAGGUGCUGUCACUCAUGCACACCACAGAGUCAGGAGCGGCUUUUCAACUCUAGCAUCCCCUCGUUAGGACUCCGCAAUGUGAUUUACAUCAAUGAGACACACACAAGACAUAGAGGCUGGCUGGCACGGAGGCUCAGUUACGUUCUCUUUGUCCUGGAGAGAGAUGUCCGCAAGGACAUGUUCGCUCGAAACGUGGUGGACAAUGUCCUCAACAGCAGCAAAGUGCAGAGUGCUAUAGAGGAGGUGGUGUCAGAGGCCCGUGCUGAAGACCAGGAGGCUGGAACACACCAGAAGGCUCUCAGUAAAGUGACACGGAAGGCCAGAAGCUUGCUACAGGAAAUGGUGGCCAAUAUCUCCCCUAGCCUCAUCAGGUUGACAGGAUGGACGUUGUUGAAACUGUUUAAUGGUUUCUUCUGGAGCAUUCAGAUCCAUAAAGGGCAGUUGGAGAUGGUGAAGAAAGCUGCCACUGAGCACAAUGCUCCACUGGUCUUCCUCCCUGUCCAUAAGUCUCACAUCGACUACCUUCUCAUCACCUUCAUCCUCUUCUGUCACAACAUCAAAGCCCCACACAUCGCUGCUGGCAACAACCUCAACAUCCCCAUCUUCAGCACACUGAUUCGUAAACUGGGAGGAUUCUUCAUUCGCCGUAAGCUGGACAAGGCCCCUGAUGGAAAGAAAGAUGUCCUGUACAGAUCUCUGUUACAUUCGUACACAGAAGAGUUGUUGCGGCAGCAGCAGUUUUUGGAGGUUUAUCUGGAGGGCACACGUUCACGCAGUGGGAAACCGUCUCCAGCAAGGGCAGGCAUGCUCUCCAUCGUGGUGGAUGCAAUGUGUGCAGGCAGCAUCCCAGAUGUGCUCAUCGUGCCUGUAGGCAUCUCCUAUGACCGCAUCAUUGAGGGCAAUUACAACAGUGAGCAGCUGGGUAAGCCUAAGAAGAAUGAGAGCCUCUGGGGAGUUGCCUGUGGUGUGUUCAGAAUGCUGCGGAAGAAUUACGGCUGUGUGCGAGUGGACUUCACUCAGCCUUUCUCCCUCAAGGAGUACCUGGACACACAGCGCUGUCGGCAUCUCCCAGCCCCUCUCACUCUGGAGCAAAUCCUCAUCCCCACCAUCAUCGCAGCAAGGCCAGAUCAGCCACUGUUUAACGAAGAGGAAGAGGAGCACCCAGAUUCCAGAGAGAUGUCCGAUGAGCCCUGGAGGAGACAGGUUAUUUCUAACCUGGCCAAGCAUGUUCUCUUCACUGCGAGCAAGUCCUCAGCAAUCAUGUCUACUCACAUUGUGGCCUGCCUCCUGCUGUACAAACACAGAAAGGGUGUGCUGCUGUCCAAGCUGGUGGAGGACUUCUUCAACAUGAAGGAGGAGAUCCUGUCACGAGACUUCGACCUGGGUUUCUCGGGGAACUCCGAGGAUGUGGUGAUGCAUGCACUCAACCUCCUGGGCAACUGUGUGAAUGUGACAAGCACUAACAGAAACACAGAGUUCAUCAUCACUCCCAACAACACCGUACCCGCACUCUUCGAGCUCAACUUCUACAGCAAUGGCCUUUUCCAUGUCUUCAUUGCUGACGCCAUCAUAGCGUGUAGCACUCUGGCCUUGCUAAGGGAGCAGACUGCAGAGACAUGUGAGGGUGAACUUGGCUCCUCCUCCAAUCUGCUCAGCCAGGAGAGACUCAUCCUCAGAGCAGCAGGCCUUUCCCACUUCCUCUCCAAUGAAGUGCUUGUUGCCAUACCGUGUCAGACAGUCUACCAGGUUUUCCAAGAUGCUGUGACCAGACUGAUACAGUAUGGCGUGCUGAUUGUGGCUGAAGAGGACCAGGAGGAGCUGAGCCCCACAGAGGAACCAUGGCCUAAGAAGUUCCCCGAGCCCUUGUCCUGGAGAAGCGACGAAGAGGACGAGGACAGUGACUUUGGAGAGGAGCAGAGGGACCGCUAUCUGAAGGUGAGCUCAUCACCUGAGCACCAGGAGUUCUUCACCUUUCUGCAGCGAGUGCUCAGCCCUGUGAUGGAGGCUUACAGCGGGGCGGCCAUCUUUGUGCACAGCCUACUCUCACCCAUGGCAGAAAGAGAGUACACUCAGAAGCUCUUCAAAUUCCUGCUCACGCGCACAGAAAAAGGAGUGGCAGCCUACGGAGAAAGUGCUACACACUACCUCGUUAAAAAUACAGUGAAAACGUUUAAAGAGCUGGGGGUGCUGAAGGAGCGCUAUGAGGAUGGGGUGUGUCGUCUUGAGCUGAGUGCUACGUUCCAACCUCAGGCCAACAGGAACAAGCUCUUGCAGUACAUCCUAGGCUUCAGCCUGCUGUGAGCCCGCGGUAGGGCCAUCAUACUAACCCCUCUGUCUCACUCAAGGGCUUCUCCUGCCUACUCACAACAGUCAAAGGUGCUACUCUAUGGAAAGCUUUACCUAGAAGUGCCUUCAGCAAAACAACUAGGUCUGGACUGAGCCCGCCUUGCCCUUCUUCAUCCUUUCCCACACAUGCUAGAGUACAGAUAUGCAGCUAGCACACUGAUUCCAAUUGUAUUGCAAGAGACCUCCAUUCAGACAGCUGAUAUAUAUUCUUCAUGUUGUCUGGUUUGUUUGUCUUUUGCCUUAAGUUUUAGUUUGCCUUUUUAAUUGUUACAUUCUCAUGGCUCUGCUUAGUUUCUGUUUAAGCAUGGAUGAGUACAUGAAUGUGACUAAUUAUGCAUACAGGUUGCCUUCAGUUUAAACCAGUAUAUUAUACGGAAGUCAGCCAGUGUAGGAAAUCACAUUGUGGCAUUUAUAAGGGCAUUUAAUUCUCCAGCGCUUUUGGAGAGAAUGUGUGUAGAAAAGUGUAUCUGAAACCUUUUGUUGUGUAAUUGUACUAGAUGUAAAGAAAUAUUAACUCAAAAAAGAGCCUCAACUAUUACCUUGUUCUAUAACAGCAGUAGCAGAAUGUACAGAGAAAUGGCCAGAGGACACAGUUUGCACCUAAUCAUGGACAUUGCUGAAAUUGUGGGGAUUUCCUCAUUUUUAUUCUAAUUUUGCAUUCUGUGUCACAAAAGCUAGUCUUUUGUAAAAGGAAAUACAGUGGUUAUAAUUCAGGAAUUGAUGCAUGUUUGUUGAAUAGGUAAAAAAAAAGGUCCGUUUUUAUUAUCCCUUAGUGAAUCUCUCUUUACAGGUAUUUUUUAAAGUAAUUCUGUUAAAAUAAAGCUGUGUGUUGUGGAAUAAUUUACACCUCAGGCAUUGGACUGUGGUGACUGAAAGCAUGCCAUUACUGUAAAAAAUGCAUGUCCUUUAAAAUUCAGCAAACCUUUCUUUUAGGAAAUUAUUAGUUCUCAGGCUGAUUUUUGAACACACUACUGUAAUUGACCACUGUAGUGGGGUGAUUUUACCAUAUGGAAAUAUUUCUGGGAGCAAAAACAUGAUAUCUUGGGCUCCUUUUUGCAUUUUACAUUUUUUCUUUUUUUUGAGCUCUCCGUGUGCAUUACAGUGCAAUUAAUGUAUAGAAUCCCUGAGUAUGAUAUUUAUGCUUUUUACCCGCCACAGAAAAACAAAACACCAAUACUGAAUAGCCAGUUGAUCAUGGUACAAAAGGAAAAUGGUCUUCUUGAUUAAACAAUUAAAUUAAGCUAACUGCUAAAUGCAUGUUGCACACCAUCUGCUUAGUGUAAGCCUUUUCCUGUGAUAAUUCAUUUUUAUUGUAUUUACAGUGGAGCUUGAAGUGUAUGAAAAUGCUAAAACAUAGCAAAUGUGUUUUUGCCGCUUGUUCUAUUUUAGUACGCUUAGUUUUGUUGUCUUGUGUAAUUUGGGUUUUAAUUUACUAUGAUAGACUUUUUUCUGGACCUCCACAUACAAUAGAAUAGGCCUGUGUCUGGUGACUGAUAACCGGGUUAUGGCAGUAACAGCCUCCAGUGAUGGUAAAAACCAUUUUACUGCCAGUUCUUUUCUUUCGGACUAGAUUAAUGGCGUUUUCGUGUCCAAUUUAAAGAUGACAGCUUACUACAAAACCUAGGGAUGAACAAAUUGUGAUUUUCUGAUGUGAUUUAAAAGUGAUUAUUUUCUUUAAAUUAAGCUCUAGGCCUAUUUAGACUAGCAUAUUAGAUUUUUUUGGGCAUGACGCUUGAACACUGAACGUGCCAGACUCCCAGUUCAUGAGCUGUGCUUUUAUUAUGCUCUUUAAUUUGACAAUUAUACUUUAACUCAGACGCCAUCGCUGUGCUUGCUUCUGUGCCUGCUUCAGUGUUGGGGCCUGUCUCAAAUUACCCCCUGCUUCCGACCCCCUUAAGUCCGAGUUUUUCUGUUUACGUAGUUAUUUUCCACCGUUACCCGAAUGAGAAUAUGCUGCUGCUGGCACAGGCCUACCACUUAAAUAAAUUAAGAUGCUGGCACAUAGCACAAUUGAAUGAGUCCUGUGAAUUAUUAUUUUUAUUUAUUUAUUUAUUUUUGUCUUUUUUUCCCCCCGCUUUUGUUAUUGUUAUAGAGAAAUGACUUACUGGAUAGUGCACUACUGUUUAUUUUUUCUUUGUUUACUGAUUGUGAUUCCUGGCACUGGUAACUGAGAAUGGCUUGACAGAAAGUAGGUGUCUGGAGGGACAUGUCCCUGGGCAUGUCUCUUUAAGCUUAUGUAAGCACCAUAUGCACGUGAUCUGUUUUCAUCUGUAAACUUGUUGGUUACCUGGGAAAGUCUAUUGUAAUAGAAUGUAUUGCUGAAGCACAGCUAGUGCAUGGUUGUUAUGCUCCUAGUGUUUAGGCAUGCUUUUUAUAUGCUGCUUAGGUAAACAGUGAGGUUUGUUAGUCCAUUGCUUGCUUGCUGAGUUCAGCAGUGCUCUAAAGCUGACUCUCAAAUGACUGUGAAUCAAAUGGAUGUCCUUAAAGGCAAUACAAAGUCUUUUUUGUAAAACAGAUAAAUUUCAGUAUGACUUGGCACAGCAGUCAUCAUACAUUGCCAAAAGGUCAUUGUUGAGCCAGGGGGGGAAAUAAUAGAUGUGAAAAGUUUCCUGAAUAAGCACAAAUCGUCUUGCAAUCACAUGCCGUUCCCACCCUCAGCUUAUGCUGUGUGGGCGGUGGUUAAGAACAGAUAGAAGCGUCAGCCCUGUGCUGUAACCACACAAGACAUCCAAGGUCUGUGCAUUCAAGCAAUUCAAUAUGUUAAACUGUAAAUGUGUAUAGUGCUGUUUUAAAUAUGGCAGUUACUUUACUGUGAUAAAAACAAGCUCACAUAACUCCAGCCCCUUUAAGAACAUGCCAUAGCAUACUGCUUGUAAACAUUGUGUAACCUUGGAAUAUGGGGUGAAGAGAACAGCUUUUAAACUUGAAUAUUCUUCACAACCAUUAUUAAUCAGGAACUCUCUGUGUAACAUACAGCAGUGUCCUCCCUGGAGUUCAUGCCCAUUUUACUUUUCUGAGUCAAACUGGUAUUAAGGAAAUAAGCUCAUGCUCUAAAUACAGACCCUCACCAGCUCUGGUUACUUGCUGUGUCUUCAUGUUUUAUGUGUCUGUAAAACAAUGUUUUCAAGCACUGGUAACUUUGUUAGUAAAAUAAAUUAACCAUAGAUUAACAAA